AUGACAGCAGCACCACCAACUCAACCACCAAUCCUCUCCACCCCCGAAUCCCACAUCUUCGAAGACCCCACACCCGCAUCAUUCUCCAGCUCCUCCUUCACACAAAAUUACGACGACGAUGAAUUCAGAGAGGUAUUUGAGAUUCAGAGGACCGUGAGGGAGAUUAGGAGUGGUGGAUGGAGGAGAGUGGCGCUGCAGUUCCCGGAUGGGAUGUUAGGUGUUGCGGGGAGAGUUGUUGGGGAGUUGGAGAGUGGUUGUGAGGGGUGGAGGGAGGAGGAGGGGAAGGAAGGGAGGAGAAAUGAUGGACAAGAGAAGGAGGGGGACGGGGGUGUAGAAGGACUGGAGACUGAUUUCAAUGCGCUGUCGACCUCGGAAUCUACAGACUCGAAAGUCGUGCCAUCGAAAAGUCACAACCCACAAUCUGGAGGAGGAGGCAACAAGAGAGAGAGAAUACGCUUCUACAUCCUAGCAGACACGUCUUACGGCUCAUGCUGCGUCGAUGAAAUAGCGGCUGAGCACGUUGCCGCGGACGUGGUAGUCCACUAUGGCCGGUCCUGUCUCUCGCCCACGACUCGCCUCCCAGUAAUAUACAUAUACACUUCUCAACCUCUGUCACUCCCGCUCGCCGUGUCCUCGUUCACACAAACAUUCCCUUCGCUGGAAGAAAAGGUUCUGUUGAUGGCAGAUAUCACGUAUCAGAUCCACAUACCACGAUUGAUAGCUUCAUUGAGGGAGAAAGGAUAUACGAAUUUAGUUGCGCCAGAAGUGGUACGAGAUCCAGGGAGCGUGGUACCGAACCGUCUGGUUGAAGAGACUAUCAAAGAGAGUCUUGGAGAGUAUAAACUUUGGCAUAUUUCGGAGCCGCCGAAAGCAUUACUCCUGACGCUUACAAGUCGAGUAAAGGAGAUGUACAUCUACCCCACCGACGCUCCCCAAACCUCCCCAACAUCAAACGGACCAACCCCCCAAGCCAUCCUAGCAAACACUUCCAUGCUCCUCCGCCGACGCUACGCCCUUCUCAUCACCCUCUCCACGGCCCCCAUCCUCGGAAUCCUCAUCAACACCCUCUCCGUCUCCGACCACCUCUCUGCACUCUCCUCCCUCCGCGAACUCAUCUCCGCCGCUGGCAAGAAAAGCUAUACUUUCGUAGUAGGCAAAGUCAACGCCGCUAAGCUUGCGAAUUUCAGCGAGAUUGGCGGCUGGGUCGUGGUGGGGUGUUGGGAGAGUAGCUUGAUUGAGGGAGGGGAGUUUUAUAAGGGUGUUGUUACGCCGUUUGAGUUGGGGGUUGCGUUGGCUGGGCAGGGGAGGGGGUGGGAUGGGAGUUGGAGGGGGGAUUUUGGGGGGUUGCCGGAUCCGAGGAGUAUUAAGGAUGAGUCUGAGAAGGAGACUGUUGAAGGACGAGAGAGAAAUAGUGAUGAGCGUGGGGAUGGAGAAGGGCAGCAAGGCGGGGAUGAUGAAGAUUCGGAAUCGGAAUCUGAACCACCUGUCUACGAUCUCCGUACAGGUCGAUAUAUCUCCAAUUCUCGACCCAUGCGCUCCUCAAACACCACCUCUACUACCCAGCCCUCUUCCAACCCCUCUUCCUCGACAACCGACCCAGAAACCUCUAAAUCCCUCACCAAAAGAGCAAAAGGCGAUUUAGCGACAAUCAACGGCACAGUCAGUCCCGGCGCCGAAUACCUUCGGACCCAGCGGACGUGGACGGGCCUAGGGAGUGAUUUUGCGGAGACCGAUGCAACCGAGGGUAUUGAGCAGGGGAGGAGUGGGGUUGCGAGGGGGUAUGUGGUUGGUGAGGGGGGUGGGGAGAGGAGGUGAUGAUGGCGGUGCUGCUUUGAUGGAUACUUGGAAGAAAGGAAGGAGGGAGAUGUGAAGUAGAUUAAGAGAUAGAGUGGUGAUGAAUAUGAUACCCGGAUGAUUGAGGAAUGGAUUGGAUUGGAUUGAGUACAUGUGGUGUUGAUGCUUGCGUGAGUAAGUUUGUGAGUUUUCAAUAUCUCAAUUUCGGUCAUUUCACGGACUCCUUCGGUUCCUGAAAGUCCACUGAAAGCACUCGAUCAUGCUGUAUCCAAGUAAGGCGUCCAACCAGCACCAAAUUUAAGAACGCAUUCAUUAUUCCAAAUACACCACUGGAAAUCUCCAACUCUCACGAACCAAAGCAGGUCCAACUGCUCAAAACAAUAGUUUUGGAGAAUGUUUUGUCGCUCCCGUUCAAGUGCAUGUGACACGGUGUGGUUACAGGGUCUCGUAUUGUAAGAGGCUGGUGACGGUUCACAAGCGAAGCCGCAUUAAAAGCCCCUGAAGCAUUCUCGAACACAAAAAACAGGACACGAUC